AUGAUUCACGUGCGACAGAUAUGUUCUGAUCCUGUCAAUUAUUCGUUGCCUGCGCCUACAACCGAACAGCACAAUAACAAGCUAAUCGAUCACGCUCAAGAAGUGGUCACCGAUAUAAGCAGACUGUAUCUAAAAGACAGUUUUUCAGAUGUGGUUUUGCUUGUAGAUCAAGAGCGACUGUCCGCCCAUCGUAUUGUUUUAGCCUCGCGCAGUGAUUAUUUUAGAAAUUUUUUGUAUGGAGGUCUUCAAGAAUCCGAUAAGCGUGAGGUGGAAAUUCACGGAGUAUCAAUCACCUCAUUUAAAAUCAUCCUUAAGUAUAUUUAUACCGGUCGGAUGAAUUUAGAUGUUCUAGAGGACAAAGAGGUUUUGGAAUUAUUUAGACUUUCGGAUUACUUUCUUUUUACAAACUUAAAACAUUCACUGUACAAUCAUUUGCGAAGAAACGUUAACGCGAACAAUGCAUGUUUGUUCUUUGCUAUGGCACGAAUUAAAUCUUACAAAGAGCUCGAAGUAGAAUCACUCAACUUCAUUCGAAAACACGCUAUAGAUGUAUUAGAAUCUAAAGAUUUCCUGUCUUUGUCAGCCGAUGCAAUACAAGAAAUUCUCAACAGUAAAUCGGUACUUGCUAACGAAAUAGAUGUAUUCCGCGCGGUUCGUCGCUGGAUCAAUCAGAACCAACAAGAUAACCUAGAUCCUCGAGAUAAAAUCAAAGUUUUAUCUGUCGUCACAUAUCCGUUAAUGAAUGCCGAAGAGUUGGCUGAGGUUAAAGAAUCAGAACUUGUUAGUUCCGAUACAAUUUCGGGUGCCUUACGAAUAAUAAACACUUGGCCACCACAUAAACUUCAAUACAGAGGACUACUAAAACCUAAUGAGAACCUUGCUCGCCAAUCUGACAUUUCUCGUGUUACCCAUAGCAUUACCCGAGGUUCUAUUUUAAAGUUGGAUCAUCCAUCAAUUGUAAACUAUAUUGAAAUACUAUUAUGCAAUGGAGAUUUAAGGCCAUACUCUUAUUACAUUCAAGUUUCGAUGGACGAGCAAAACUGGAUACGUGUUAUAGAUCAUUCAAAUUGUGAUUGUCGUUCAGUUCAACGUUUGUGGUUUCAUUCACGCUUAGUUCGUUAUAUAAACAUCGUUGGAACCAAUAGUACCGCUGAUGCGUCUUUUGAAGUUUGGACAAUUUAUUACAAUACAAACGAUAUGCACUUGGUGGAAAUCCAAAACGGGUUGAUCGUUCCUAAGUGUAACGUCGCUACAAGAACUCAUAAUGCAUAUGUAAUUAAAGGAGAAUAUAGUUCAACGCGCCAGUCGUUGCUAGAAAACAAUUAUGAAGACUCGUUUAUUUAUACAUACCAUCAGCUGCGAUCGGGUUCUAUAGUGGUUCGUUUCGACCAACCAUUUAUACUUAGUUCGAUGAGGAUGCUGCUCUGGGGUGGCUACAAAUAUUAUUACAGCUAUAUUAUUGAAUCUUCAGUCAAUAAUGUGGAUUGGGAAAUUGUUAUAAACAAAUCUCAGAAGCUGGCACGAUCUUGGCAGGUGUUGCAAUUUGAACCCAGGCCUGUAGUGUUUAUUCGAAUUACCGGCGUUUACAGUUCAGAUGGCGAUGAGUUCCGUUGUGUAUAUUUGGAGGCUCCCUCUCAAGUACCAUUAGAUUCCAACAUCGUUGAAGACGACCGUGUGGAGAACAACGAAACAGAUAUUGCUAUGGUAGAAGCACCUGCUCAAGCUCCAAUCGAUUAA